AUGGUCAAAAAGGAGGAUAACAAGAUCGGGUUGAUCGGUGCAACGUCGUAUAUUGUGGGCUCGAUUAUUGGAAGUGGAAUUUUCAUUGCACCCAAGGGUAUUGUGGAACAUGCUGGCUCGGUCGGUUUGUCACUUAUCAUAUGGGUCUUCUGUGCGUUACUAAACAUGAUAACAGCAAUAAACUACAUCGAACUUGGCACCAGCAUCCCCGAAUCUGGCGCCGAUCUCGCUUACAUUGGCUACAUGGGAUGGACACCUAUCGCAUUCUCUCUUCUCUGGCUCUCCUUGCUCAUUCAGAGCUCUUCAUCUGCUGCAGUUUUAUACCUAACAUUUGGAAAAUAUAUCGUCCAAGCCCUCGAUCCAAUUAUCUGUUUCUCUCCUGCUGAUGCUGACAAUGCGUCGAAACUUUUCGGUUUCGGAUUACUAUGGUCUGAUUGGAAGCCAGGAGCAAUUGUUUUGGCAAUUUAUCAAGGGAACUGGGCGUUCGGAGGGUUUACGACGUUGAAUUAUGGAUCAGAGGAGAUUCAGAUUGAGAAUUUCAGAAAAACCUUGCCACGAGCCUGUCUUGGAGGUCUUGUUAUCUCUGCAGUCAUUUAUGUUCUGGUCAAUGUUUCCUAUUUUGCCAUUUUGACACCACAGGAGAUUAUCGACUCUUCUGCAGUGGCUACAACAUUCAUCCAAAGAACCGUUGGGAAUGGAGCUGCGUUUGCUGUUCCCGCCGUGGUUGGAUUUCUGCUGAUUGGAACACUAAACGGAGAUGUUUUCAGUUGGAGCAGGUACAUGGUUGCCGGUUCACGACGGAAAAUGAUGCCCACCUGCUUCAGUUUGAUACAUGUUGACAAUGACAGUCCAAGGGUUUCUGUCUUUUUUCAUACAUUCACCUCCAUCAUAUUUGCAUUCCUGGGAGAUACGGACCAACUCGUUGACUACCUGAAUGUAGUCGGUAUGCUAACUACAAUCUUCGCCCUGGCAGUACUUGUAAUAAUCAAAUGGAGAAAGAUGCCAGUUGCAGCAGAUCCAGUGAAAUACAGUAUAUUCUGGCCAAUUUUGAAUAUAAUCAUAAUGAUUGCCCUGUUGGUUAUUCCAAUUCAACAAGAUCCUAUUUCAUCCAUCAUUGGGUUUUCCAUGUUUUUGGGAGGUGUUGUGGUCUACUUUGUGGUCAAAUUUAUAGUUAAUCAUACAGAAUUUCUUGGAGUCAUUGAUAGAAAACUCACUCAUCUCUGUCAAAUACUAACAUGGACUGUUGUAGACUUAGGACCAGAAGAAAAAACUCAUUUGUGA